AUGGCUAAUGUCUCCAGUCAUGGGAAGCUGCUCCUGCACCGCCUCCAUCAGCAGCGUGAGAUGGACUUGUGUGACAUCACCAUCAUGGUGCGAGACGUAGAGUUCAGAGCCCACCGCAACAUCCUGGCUGCGUUCAGCAAGUAUUUCUCCUCGCAGGCUGAGAAGGGUCAAGACAUCACGACCCUAGACCCCGAUAAGGUCAGCCGCUACGCCUUGGAGAAGCUUCUGGAGUUUAUCUACACUGGACAGAUGAACCUCAGCAGCACCAGACAGGUGGCGGUGCGUCGUGCAGCAGUGUUCCUGGGAAUGUCUGAAGCCACAAAGUAUAUGGAGGAGACCCCGCACUGGUCUGAGCCAAGCGAAGUGUCGCAGUCUGAGCUGGAUAAAGAUGGGGGUUUCUCUCCGCCCAGCCCAACCUCUCCCGGGAGCCCCAGCUCUCCCGUCCCCCUGUCCAUCGUGUCCACGGCGGGGGAGUCUCAGGAAGAGGGGAAGGCUAUCAAAGAGGCUGAGGAUCAAGAUAUAGAAGAGGGGGAGAAAACCGAUGGAGAGUACUCUCCUACUACGCUGAAGAGUGUUGGGAGAGGACAGGGAAGAAAGAGAGGCAGAAAGCCGAAGGGUUUUAGCGGCGAGGAGGUGGAGGCGAGCAGCUCGACUGACGGGACCCCCAAAGCCUCCAGGGGGAGGGGGAGAGGCAGAGGGAGGGGGAGAGGCAGAGGUAGAGGUGGAUUUAAAACUGAGGUUCUGCCUUUGGAGGAUUCUGACGGUAGUAUAAAGGAUUUUGGGGACAACUCUGAAGACUGGAGCCCCUCGCUUGAGGACGAAACUGCAGCAAAGAAGCCUCGACUGAGUGCGGGAGAGGGGAGGAGAGGACGGGGGAGGGGGAGAGGUAGAGGUAGAGGCAGGGGUCGAGGCAGGAGGAAGGUGGUGAAGGAGGAGAUAGAGGACACUGAGGAAGAAGCAGAGGAGAGCGGCACAGGGGAGACGGAUGAAUUUGAUCUGGGGCUGGACAUGUCCCUGGAGGAAGGAGAGGUGGGGGAGCAGGAAGCGUCAGAAAUGAACGAGCUGACGCUUGCGUGCCCAGAGUGCGACAAACUGUUCAAAGACUUGAGCAGCCUGCGACGACACGAGAAGAUCCACAAAGGCCUGAAACCCUUCGUCUGCAUCUUCUGCUCCAAAAACUUCAGGCAGGCCACGCAGCUGAAGACUCACCUGCGCAUUCACACAGGCGAGAAGCCGUUUAAUUGCCCCGACUGCGACAAGUGUUUUGCUCAGAAGUGUCAGCUGGUGGCUCACCGCCGGAUGCACCACGGAGAGGAAAAGCCGUACACCUGCGAGCGCUGCGGCUUCAAGUUCGCCACCUCGUCCAACUACAAGAUACACAUCAGAUUGCACAGUGGGGAGAAACCGUACGUGUGUGACAUCUGCGGUCAGGCGUUCGCUCAGUCCAGCACACUGACCUAUCAUAAGCGCCGACACACCGGAGAGAAACCGUACCAGUGCGAUCUGUGCGGCAUGUCCUUCUCCGUGUCUUCGUCUCUUAUCGCUCACGCACGAAAACACACGGGUGAAACUCCGUACAAAUGUUCCCAGCCACAAUGUGAGUCAAGUUUUGUGACGUCUUCCGAACUGAAGAAACACAUGAGGCGACUUCACCCAGACGGAAACACAGGUGUGCAAUGUCUACUGUGUGGAAACCGGUUUGCCAGUGUGAAGAAUAUGAUCAAACAUCAGGAGAAGGCUCACGCUGACGAAGUGCGGCAACACAAGGAGAGAGCCCGGGCAGUGGUCCUCCUGGCUUCCAGUCACCCCGUGGCGUUCGUCCAAAGUAAACUUUCUCAGGAGAACAAAAGCAUGGCAACCAUCCCUGAAGGCGGGGAGCCACCAAACCCUGAACCCACCACCCCCACCUCCAAAGCCCUCGCAACAUCAGCAGCCACCAGCACCGCUAACGACGAUGCCGCCACCACCAACGUCCUCCUGCAGGACUUCAAAACGGAGCCCACCAAUCCAGACAUCACUGCCGAGGACCAGGUGACCUUUGAACCCGACACGGAGCAGACCAUCAACUCGGACACCCUGCACGCUCUGGUGGAGCAGCUGCGGCCCCAGCCCUCCCCGCCUGCCCAGAGCCUGGAGCAGAUAGUCAUCAUUAGGACGGUGGACAACGCAGAGCACAACCCUCCGCAGCAGUGAGACCCCCCCCAAAAAGAACAUUUUAACUUUUUAACAAUGAAGCCACUAUUAUGAUGGAAGUCAGCAUUCACAUUAAGGCUUGUAUCCCCAUAUAGUGAACUUUGGUGGACAUUCAGUGAUAUAAGGGAAAGACAAUUUGGGUCUUAAUUUCAUAGGCCAUUAUUUGCAUAAGUAAUAAAAUUGUAAUGCACACGUUAAUAGCAGAGAUCAAGGUAUGCAGUCACCCCUGUUAGACCUAUUGUAGAAAUGUGUAGAAUUUUUUUUUUUGUGGAAACAGAAAUUGUAACCAAUAAUUUUACUUUAAGCUAGUAUAAAUCUGUUAUUAUUUGUAGAAAUGAUGGUGAAAAACUAUAAAAAUAAGACCCAAGUUAUGAAAUAUAUAAUAAUCCUUUAACUGUCUCCAUUCCUCAUGGGUGCCACAACUAAAUCUGCUAAAAUUAGGACAAUUUCUACAAUAACACUACUAAUUUAAAGCCAAUUCACGUAUCCUUAAUCUGAAUAUCAGCUUAAACUUUAAAUUCCACUACUACUAAAACUUGAGACUACCAUCAUUUUCUCAGACAUUGACAUGUAGCUGGAUUUACUUUCUGCUGCAUAUCUGAUUAAAGGAAAACAUGUAAAGACGUAUAUAGUAUAAAUAUGUCCGCCAGUUGAACUUGCAUUGUUUUGAUAGAUAAUGUAGUUAGUAGGUGCCCUGGCUACAUUGAGAAAUAUUAUUUUGUAUUAAUCAUAAAUGUUUCCAUCUUAAGUCUUCGACAUGUGAUGGUGGCUUUAUUAACGAAAACAUCGUUUUUUUUGUUUUGAUGAAAUAUAGAUUUUUAUUUUUAAAGCAGCUGUUUUAGGUCUUAGCAGAAAAACGUGUGCUUCAAGUUUGAGAACUGCAUUAUAUUUCCAUGAACGUUUUUGUUUUAUGCUUUCUCUUUUAUUUUGGAUAAAACAUCUGCAUUACCUGUACAGAAAUGUGAGUUACAUAUAAACAUUCAUUGCUGUAUAACAAACUGAACAAGAAAAAUAAAAUUCAAACAAAAACGGA